CGCAGGACCAGGGUCGCAGACAGGAAUCAGGAGCUGGGUCGGGCCAGGGACAGGAAGGGGGCGCCGGGCGCACCUCGCCAUGGGCAGCUGCCCUCUGGGAGCCGGUAGAUCCUGGGCCGGGCGGUGGAGACCAGAGACAGCGGGGAUGCGCGGGGGUGCUUGCUGGCCCGGGGUCCCCGGACGCCAGUGCCGCAGCGAUGCCUAAAAUCGAGCUCCCGAAAUUUAAUGUGUCAAGAUGAAGUUCUUAUUGACAAUCACCGUUUUUAUUUUAAUUUCUUUGUGGGUGGAAGAAGCCUAUGCUAAGGAAAAGUCUUCCAAGAAAGGGAAGGGGAAAAAGAAGCAGUAUCUAUGUCCCUCUCAGCAGUCGCCAGAGGACCUUGAUCGAGUGCCUCGCAACUCUACCAGCGAUAUCUUGAACAGAAUGCUAGUCAGUUAUGACCCCCGGAUACGACCAAACUUCAAAGGUGUUCCUGUUGAUGUAGUAGUCAACAUUUUCAUUAACAGUUUUGGGUCCAUUCAAGAAACUACAAUGGACUAUAGAGUGAACAUCUUCCUGCGACAAAAAUGGAAUGACCCCCGGCUGAAGCUCCCCAGUGACUUUCGGGGCUCAGAUGCACUCACAGUGGACCCCACGAUGUACAAGUGUUUGUGGAAACCUGAUUUGUUUUUUGCAAAUGAGAAAAGUGCCAAUUUCCAUGACGUAACCCAGGAAAACAUACUUCUCUUUAUUUUUCGGGAUGGAGAUGUCCUUGUCAGCAUGAGGUUAUCUAUUACUCUUUCCUGCCCUCUGGACUUGACCCUGUUUCCCAUGGACACACAGCGUUGCAAGAUGCAGCUGGAGAGCUUUGGUUACACCACUGAUGAUCUGCGAUUUAUCUGGCAGUCGGGGGAUCCUGUUCAGUUAGAAAAAAUUGCCUUGCCUCAAUUCGAUAUUAAAAAGGAGGACAUCGAAUAUGGAAACUGUACCAAGUAUUACAAAGGCACCGGCUACUACACUUGCGUGGAGGUCAUCUUCACCCUGAGGAGGCAGGUAGGCUUUUACAUGAUGGGCGUCUACGCCCCGACGCUGCUGAUCGUGGUCCUCUCCUGGCUGUCCUUCUGGAUCAACCCUGAUGCCAGCGCUGCCAGGGUACCGCUGGGCAUCUUCUCCGUCCUCAGCUUGGCCUCCGAGUGUACCACCCUGGCUGCUGAACUCCCCAAAGUGUCCUACGUGAAGGCGCUGGACGUCUGGCUUAUCGCCUGUCUCCUCUUCGGGUUUGCCUCCCUGGUGGAGUACGCAGUGGUGCAGGUGAUGCUAAACAACCCCAAACGAGUGGAAGCAGAAAAGGCCAGGAUUGCUAAGGCCGAGCAAGCUGAUGGCAAAGGCGGGAGUGUGGCGAAAAAGAACACUGUGAAUGGCACAGGGACUCCUGUCCACAUCAGCACCCUGCAGGUGGGUGAGACCAGGUGUAAAAAGGUUUGUACUUCCAAAUCCGACCUGAGAUCCAAUGACUUCAGCAUCGUGGGAAGCUUACCCAGAGAUUUUGAGUUAUCCAAUUACGACUGCUAUGGGAAACCCAUCGAAGUCAACAACGGCCUGGGAAAGUCUCAAGCAAAGAACAGCAAGAAGCCUCCCCCGGCCAAGCCAGUAAUCCCAACAGCGGCCAAGCGGAUCGAUCUUUAUGCCAGAGCAUUAUUUCCUUUCUGCUUCCUCUUCUUUAAUGUGAUCUAUUGGUCUAUAUAUUUGUGAUACACCUCUUCCAUCUGUAUAAAGUAAAAUCCCAUUUCAUUGUGACCAACUGCGUUCAUAUUUGCCGAUCUGCGAAAACGUUGGCAUUUUCACAGCAAUACAUUGCAUUUGGGAUUGCCGUUCGAGGAUGACAAAACAUAGCACCUUCCCUUCGAAUGGCAGCAUGUGCCUCUAAUGUCCGCUCUAACGACGAUGUACAUAGAAAUCGCAAACUUGUUACUUCAAGAAUACCUGGACCAUGCGCAUACUACACAAUAGGAAUCCGAGCAGUUCUUUUCAGUUAUUGUAAGCUGCAAAUACGUCAGAUAACUCUGAAUACAAAAUGUUGUGCACGCUGGUUCCCUUCGUGGUCACCUUUUUAAUGUGUGUCCUACUCCAGAGUCCCAUCUUUGUAAAUUUCAGAGAAAGACAUCUUUAUUCUUGUAUUAUUUUAGAUGGCAUUAUCACAGAUUAAGCAGAGUUGUAUUCAUAUUGUUGAAACUUUGUAAGUGGAACUAUAUCCAUUAUAAAUUAUUCACACUGUGGAGAAAUAAAGUUCAGAAAAUUAUUGAUUAGUAAAAUCAGAUCCUUGUUAUCUUUAUGAUCAAAAUGACAGCUUAAGAAACAAAGUAUGCAUUUUUGAAACGAAGAGAGUCUGAACUUCCAUCAGUAAAUUCUAAAUUCUGGAUCUUAACAAAAUAAAAGUAAAUAAAAGAUAGAUACAUCAUUUACACAAGAUGAAAAGUUUAUUGAAUCCACCGUAAAGCUUAAGUGUAUUUCCAUGAAUUUCGUUUGUUGAUAUGGACUAUUCUUAAGCAUUGUGCCUUAAAAGCGGUUAUACAAAUUUUAAAUUGGAAUGCACUAAUAGAUAUGUUAUUUAAGAUCAUUUUAGUGAAUCAAAAGGAAACAAAUCUCAUGUUACUAGAAGUAAAACUGGAAAGAAUAUCCCCUAUCAGUAAAAUUUUAACGUCAUUACAUUAAAAUGCUUACGUAUUUUAAGUAAAAUUAAAAAUAUUUUCUUAUUUUUAUUUAUUUGAAUAUUUUGGGAUGUAUUGCAAAACACUUAAAAAGUAAGUAAAUUAUGCCUUUGUUUAUGUUAGACUUUAUUCCCACUUUGGUUUCCUCUGGCCAGAAGUCUAGACAACUGAGAUUUCCUUUCUUUGCCCUAAUCCAGCCUAAAAGUAAGCACUAAGUCUCAUUUUGAGAUGGCUCCAUUCCUAAAAAUACCCCAUUCAAUGCACCUUUUUACUUCUACCAUUGGUGAAAUUAGGUCUAGCAGUAGCAGAUACAAAAGACCAAGUUAAAAUUGGGAGAGUUUCAAGUGAGUUUGUGUAUUCAUUUGAUGGUAUAAUGUAUUAAAUAAUAUAUUAAAAUAUUCUGCAAACUA